AUGAUUCAGAACAUGCCUUUCAAGGAUUUCUUCACCGAAUACGGUGAGGCAAAUCUGUACGAGAUCGAAGAGGUCGUCGGAAAGGGGAGCUACGGGGUUGUAGCUGCUGCAGUCGACACCCACACGGGAGAAAAAGUAGCAAUAAAGAAAAUUAAUAAUAUUUUCGAGCAUGUGUCUGAGGCCACUCGAAUUCUGAGAGAGAUCAAGCUCCUUCGUUUGCUUCGGCAUCCGGACAUUGUCGAGAUAAAGCAUAUCAUGUUGCCCCCUUGCAGGAGAGAGUUUAAGGAUAUAUAUGUCGUGUUUGAGUUGAUGGAGACCGACCUCCACCACGUAAUCAAGACAAACGAUGAUCUAACGCCCGGCCACCAUCAAUUCUUUUUGUAUCAGCUGCUUCGUGCUUUGAAGUAUAUUCAUUCAGCAAAUGUUUUCCACAGGGACUUGAAGCCCAAAAACAUCCUUGCUAAUGCAGAUUGCAAGCUGAAGAUUUGUGAUUUUGGGCUUGCUCGUGCAUCAUUUGGUGAUGCCCCAUCUGCUGUUUUUUGGACUGAUUAUGUGGCUACCCGGUGGUAUCGUGCUCCUGAACUUUGUGGUUCCUUUUUUUCCAAAUACACCCCGGCCAUCGACAUCUGGAGCAUUGGAUGCAUAUUUGCUGAAAUGAUUAUUGGUAAACCAUUAUUUCCCGGAAAAAAUGUGGUUCAUCAAUUGGAGCUCAUAACUGAUCUUCUCGGUUCACCAUCUGCUGAAGCCAUUUCAAGGAUUCGAAAUGAAAAGGCAAGAAGAUAUUUGAGUAGCAUGAGAAAGAAACCAGCCAUACCUCUCUCACAAAGGUUCCCACAUAUCGAUCCCUUGGCUCUUCGUUUACUUGAACGUUUAAUUGCGUUUGAUCCCAAAGAUCGUCCAUCUGCCGAAGAAGCUUUGUUAGAUCCGUACUUUUAUGGGUUGGCAAAUGUAGAAGAAGAGCCAUCGACUCAGCCCAUCUCGAAAUUUGAGUUUGAGUUUGAAAGAAGAACGCUAUCGAAGGACGACGUGAGGGAAUUGAUCUACAGGGAGAUCUUGGAGUAUCAUCCCCAGAUGCUCCAGGAGUACCUCCAGGGCGUGGACCAGAUUCACUUUAUGUAUCCAAGUGGAGUCGAUCAGUUCAAACAACAAUUUUUCCGACUUGAGGGUCAACCUGGUAAAGGCGACAAACCUCCAUUGAGAAGACGAUAUGCUUCCUUGCCCAGAGAACGUAUUUGUGGGCUGAUAGAUGAGGAUCUCGACCAGGAUAGUGAGGUCAAAGGCCCAAAAGUGGUUGCUAUUCCACGAGCACGCCUUGUUAGCCCCAAGAAGCCAUUGAAUGCCAUUGAAGGAACUGAGACGGCUAAUGCUACCAUAAAAGCUAAGAAAAACGGCAGUAAGAAAUCGUGUUGCAGUGCACGAUGCUUGUUAAGAAGUGACAGCAUUAGUGCCUCCAAGUGCAUUGGCGUGGAAGGAUCAGACUACUGUUAG